AAUGUUUUUUUUGUUUGCAGAGAGGUUUCAAUUGGUGAAAUCAAAUCAAAUCAAAAUGGGGUUUUUGGUGACAACCCUAAUUUUUGUUGUGAUCGGAGUUAUUGCAUGUCUCUGUACCAGAAUCUGCUGCAAUAGAGGGCCUUCUGCAAAUCUGUUCCACCUAACGUUGGUUAUUACUGCAACAGUAUGCUGUUGGAUGAUGUGGGCAAUUGUGUAUCUUGCGCAGAUGAAACCACUGAUAGUCCCAAUUUUGAAUUAAGGGGAGUGAGAAGCUAUGUGGAAAAGCAUGCAUUGUAGAGGGUUUAAUGGGAAUGAAGAUUUAUCUUAUUGAAGAACAUGAAGUACCCAAAAUCUUCUCAUCUCAUAUUUGUAUGUAAUUUCUUAUUGGUGCGAAUAAUUUUGGAUUGGUUUUUGCAUAUUGUGGUUGACUCUACUAGCUGUAAAACUAUCAUUAAUGUCUUAUUCAAAUUUGAGAUCUGAAAGUAAACAAUGCCACAUACUGAUAAAUGUUUGAAUGUUUACACUGUGUUGUUUUAGUUGGAAACAUUUUCUUGUGCUUGGUACGAGAGAAAAUUGAAAAUCAAAAAUCAACUAAAGUCGUUAUUGAAGAACAUGAAGUACCCAAAAUCUUCUCAUCUCAUAUUUGUAUGUAAUUUCUUAUUGGUGCGAAUAAUUUUGGAUUGGUUUUUGCAUAUUGUGGUUGACUCUACUAGCUGUAAAACUAUCAUUAAUGUCUUAUUCAAAUUUGAGAUCUGAAAGUAAACAAUGCCACAUACUGAUAAAUGUUUGAAUGUUUA